AUGACCGUCACCAAGAGCACCUCCACCAUCCCCUCUCGUUCCAUUCCCCUUCCAUCACCGUUACAGACCUCUGCUCGCGGCACCCCCUUUGAGCGCUCAGUCUGGGCUCUCACCUGCCAAAUCCCGCCAGGGUCCUUCAGCACCUAUGCCAUCCUCGCCGCCCGCCUAAAAUCAUCUCCGCGCGCAGUAGGCAACGCCUUGCGACGCAAUCCCUUUGCACCAGCAGUACCAUGUCACCGCGUUGUAGCCACGGGCGGUACACUCGGUGGAUUCAAGGGCAAGAUCGCGCGGCGCGACGGCGAGGGGAUCACGCUGCAGGAGAAGCGGACGCUACUGCGGAAGGAGGGCGUCAAGUUUGACGCGGUGAGCGGAAAGGUAUUGGGGACACCAUUCACGGCUUUUGUAUGA